AGUUAUUCAGUGGAAUAUUCAUAUUAAGUGGAAUAAUUAUUUUCUUCUAUUAAAUUCCUGAUCAGAGUUGUAUCGUAACCAUGAAAAGGAAUGAAUCGAGAAUCAGUGAGUUCAUACUUCUUGGUUUCACGGACAUUCGGAAACUGCAGCUCCUGCUCUUCGUCAUCCUUCUCUUUUCCUACUUAUUGACCAUUACAGGAAAUUCUGUGAUUAUUAUCCUGACUAACCUGGACCAUCGUCUACAGACUCCGAUGUAUUUUUUCCUUUGGAAUUUCUCCAUUGUGGAAAUUGGUUUCACCAUGGCUGUCACCCCUCAAACCUUGUCCCAUUUGCUGACGGGCCAUAAAAAUGUUCCCUACGUUGGUUGCAUGAUACAAUCUUUCAUGUAUUUUCAUCUGGGUACCACAGAGUUCUUCCUCUUAGCUGUCAUGUCCUAUGAUAGAUACCUGGCCAUCUGUAAUCCCUUACGCUACCCAUCCAUCAUGCACAAGAGUUUAUGCACCUUGCUGGUUUUCUGUUGCUGGAUCGGAAGCUUCCUCCUCAUCAUCGGUCCCUCUGUGAUAUUCCUACAGCUUCCAAUGUGCGACUCAAACAUCCUGGACCAUUUCUUCUGUGACAACACACCCUUGAUCCAACUCUUAUGUGGGGACACGAGAUUUCUUGAACUUUUUGGGUUCGUCACUGCUGCGUUUUCUUUGCUGGGGACUUUGAGCAUUUCAGUGGCUUCCUAUAUCAACAUACUUAAAACCAUCUUGACUAUCCCAUCUGGUACAGGGAGAAAGAAAGCUUUUUCCACCUGUGCCUCUCACUUCAUUGUUGUGUCCAUCACCUAUGGGAGCUGCAUCUUCCUUUAUAUCAGCCCAUCCCAGGCAAGCAAAGUGGAGUUUGGCAAAAUAGUGGCCAUUCUCAACACGAUUGUUUCUCCUUUGCUCAAUCCUUUCAUCUACAGCUUGAGAAACCAACAAGUUCAGGAAGCCUUGAAAGAUCUGUUGAGAGAGGUUGUCAUUUUUAUUAAAGAUCCAAGGAAAACCUGA